AUGAUUCUUGCGAAUACAGUUUCUGUUGGAUGUUUCGGCGCAAUGUGUGUUGGGAGUUCUGCUGCAGCAUGCGUCUUCUCGUCACCAGAUGUGAGCUUUGGGCAGCGGCUCUACACGUCUGGAGAACCGUGUCGAGAUGACAUCCAAUGUACCGGAUUCAGUCCUGCAUUCUGUGAAGACGGAUUAUGUGUUAACGAUGAAUAUGACUGUCCCGCAGAGCAGUUUGCACUUAAUCAUGUGGUAUUAUGCGAUAAAAAGCCAUCACCACCCUACGCUCAUCCCGGUUACAGCGAAAAUAUUCAUGUCCCAGCAAUGACUGCGACUGACUUGCUGGGAGCCAUUCAGAAUGCUAUUGCAACGUUUACUAGAGAACUUACUGUGAAUGGUAUUGCUUCGAACAUGGUUCUAACGCCUCAAAUAUUCCACCGUACGACAAGAACAGUUACCAAGGUUCUAUGGGCAAGCAAUAGGUUUCUGGCCUGCGCAACUCAUCUGUGCAGGGGAUUUUAUUUCACUUCUUGCAUUUACCGAAAUCCAGUGAAUGUAAUCGGACAGAGCAUCUACCCUAUCGGUGCAGUGUGUAGCACCUGUCCAACUGGUCCCAAAAAUUGCAACCCGGCUAUUGGACUGUGUUCUUAA